AGCCCACAAGAUGCUGUUACAGCUUUUCAAAUUUUGGGUGGUGAAGCUCAGAUAGUUCAGAUAAUGUUAAAGCCUCAAGAGAAGGUGAUCGCAAAGCCUGGUACCAUGUGCUACAUGUCUGGUUCUGUCCAAAUGGAAAAUGUUUAUGCACCUGAAAAUGAAGCAGGUGUGUUGCAGUGGCUUUUUGGGAAAAGUGUGACUAGCAUAGUUUUCCAAAAUAAAGGUUCAGCUGAUGGAUUUGUAGGGAUUGCCGCUCCUUCUCUAGCAAGAAUUAUCCCGAUUGACUUGGCAAUAUUUGGCGGUGAAAUGUUGUGCCAGCCAGAUGCAUUUCUUUGUUCAAUCAAUGAUGUCAAAAUCAAUAAUACAGUUGAUCCAAGGGCACGUAAUGCUAUUACAAGUGCUGAGGGAUUUUUGAGGCAGAAGAUAUCUGGUCAAGGACUUGCAUUUGUAGUUGGGGGUGGUUCUGGUAUGUUUUAUUAAAUUCCUUUCACUGGAGAACACUUUUGGGCUUUUCAGUAAAGCAUUUGACUUUGACAUUAGGAUGAUGUAAUCUUGCAUAUUGUCUUCCAGAAUUUUUUCUCUUACAUUUAGUGAC